AUGAUAUCGCGACGGCCCUACACCGCCAUUGCAGAGAUCCCGGAGGAGCAGCGCCCAAAGCUGGAGCUGAAGCGGAAACGCGACAGCUCCCCUCCCCCGCCAACUGCGGCAGAUACCGUCCCUGCCGCAAGCCCUCGCCGCCAACCGUCAAUCCGUGGGAAACAAAAACGACGCCCCCCCCCCCCCCCCGCUGCCACAACGACACCUACACCGACCCCGGUGCUAAGUAUCGGGGGAUUGCAAGUCGUGCAGAGGGAGCUUUACCGCCUCCCCUCUGCCGCCGUGCAACCACCACAGCCACCAACGCCGCCGCAACCAGAGCGGCAACCAACAGGCGAGGCGCCUAAUAAGAAGACGCCAGCAAAAACAACCACAGGCCCCGCUACCCCCAUGGCCGGCCCGACGCCCCCGGCCACGGAGACAUCCGCGAGUUACGCCACCAUAACGGCAGCCCCUACCACGGACACCACUACUACCAGCACCACCGGAGCCCCCCCGGCCCCGCCGGCGCAGGAGACUGCCGCAAAAGAGGAAAAGAAAAAGAAGCAGAGAUACCCGGCGAUUAUCGUCGACGUCAUCCCGGACUGGCCCCGGGUACUCGCCGACAUCGCCGUCAAGGUGGGCCGAUCACCACACACGGCCCCCUACCGCAGCGGGGUCCGGUUCAACCCGGAGGGACCGGACGAUUAUAGAACCAUAGUCAACCAGCUGGAGGAGUUGGAGAAAAAGGGCGUCCACCUAGAGUGGAAUCAAUACUAA